GCGAAUAAAUUGCUAAAAUAAAUGGGAAUAAAAACAAUACAAUAUUUAUUCAUAUGUGCACGAUAGAUAUCUAUUCACUCGUAUUCUUUUUCCUCUCUCUCUCUCUCUCUCUCUCUCUCUCUCUCUCUCUCUUUCGAUCUCCUUCAUAUUCUUUCUUUCUCCCUUUAUCCUUUCUUCCUAUUCCCUUCUACUCUCCCUUCUCUUUCUCUCCCAGCCUUCCAGUUUCCCCAUCGUAUUUUGCCGAGUUCCGAACUUGCGACCUUCACGCCCGACCAAUACAGCACCACACAGCACACUGCACCAUCCGCAACCGAUUGUAGGUGUGUGUUUACCCUGCAGCACUGUGGCAAUCGAAAGCGACGAACCCCUUUUCUCGCUAGAGCGCACCGCACCGCAAUGAAGGGGGCUUUCCCUCUCCAUAGCGCCGAUGCGCGAACGCAAAGCAAACCGGCCGCUGUGCCGCUGAAGAAAUGGUGUGGAGAAAAGCACGCCACACCGAAGCGGCAGCGAUCGUCCGUACGAUCUUGCGCGCGGCCCCGGCAAACCCGAUCGAAACGUGCCGCGCACCGGACGUCUUUUGAACGCGAGCGCGUGUGCGUUGUUGUGUGUUGUUUGGGUUUGGAAGCUGCGAUCGGCGAUUGAUCAUACAUCGUCGCCCGUGGCAACGUGUCCGGCAUCUUAGAAGGUUUGUGUGUGUUUGUGUGUGUGGCUGUGUUUGGUUGAAAGUUGUGUUUAGCAACGGGGUGCAGUUUCGGUUUUUUGGCGUUUGCACAUUUCCGGCAUGCGCUUUCGGUGAGUUGCAGUGGAGAGAGAAAAAAAAAAGCAAAAAACGCACACAAACAACAGCAAAAAGCUGUUGCAACCAAGCAAAACCGAAGCCAGAAGAUUCCAAAGAAGACACAGUGGGUCCCAGCCGCAUUUACGGACGCAAAUAUCUCCGGAGACGCUUCUGGAGCAACGAUGGGAUCGGCGGUGCGGCAAAAUGUGCUGCCACUCGCAGCGGUGUUGCUGGUGACAGCAUUGCUCCUGUCCCACGUCCUGGUGCGGGGCGACUCUUCGCACGGCGCAAGGGGCCGGGGAUCACCGGCCCUGAUCGAUUCCGGCAUUCGAGCUGGGUCACGAUUGCCGGUGGUUCCUGUUGCCGGAGCGAAGGUGACGAAGCUACGGCCGGUGGGCAAGCAGCGUCCCGCUGAAGAGGAGGACGAUGAUGACGAUGACGACGAUGACGAUGAUUACUUUGACUUUGGACUGGAUGACGAUGAUGAUGACGAUGAUGAUGAUGACGAGGAGGAGGAGGAGGAGGAGGAGGAUGAAGAAGAGGAGCAGCUGGUGCCCUCUGCUCCAGUAAGACCAGAACUUCCGGUGGAAACGAGCACCACCCGAGCGAGAUUGCUGUCCGAUGCGGCGUUUAACAAGAUUUCCGAGACGCUCGGUGCGCUCAAUACGGUCGGGCGGUACAUUGUGAACAUUACCAAGGGACAGGAAGCGAGUGCCAUCACGCAGGUGGAUCCGGGCACGAAGGAAACGGUCCCGGAAGCACUGCUCACCCUUACGAAGACGGUUCUCGGGCAAAACAUCACCAAAUCGUUCGAACCACUGAUCAAGCGUGUGGGCACGGGUGGCGGAGAGCAGGAAACGGUCAGUGCGGUCACUUCCGCAUCGCUGGUGAUCGUGUCGUCCAGUACGCCGGAACCUGCCCUUGCAACGUCUACGGUGGAAUCGCUCGCCGUGGCACAGCGGAAGGAAGACAACGAGGUGACGCUCGGAGGUGGCGUGACGGAGACUAAGAUCACUAAGGUUCCGGCCAGUGGAGCAGUGUCGGAGCAAAAGAAGAAAAAGAAGAAGAAGAAGAAGAACAAGGUCAAGCGCAAGGAUCCGGCCCAUCAGGAGGUUCGCACGACGACGACUAGCACCACGACGCGCAGACCGGACCCGGCCCCAAGCAACAAGAUCGUUGAAUCGACAAAGGACAUUGAAAACCGGUGCCGCACACCGGACGGUCGCCCGGGAAGGUGUGAAGAUCUGAGCACCUGUCCGGGGUUGCUGCUCGAUCUGAGCCAUCUGCGCGAGUCACUCUGCUUCAAGAGUCUGUUUGUGCCGGGCGUUUGCUGUCCGAUCACGACGACCAGCACUGUGCUGACGACACCACGGCCACCCUCUCGGCCCCAGCAAUCCGGUGGCAGCUUAGUGCUCAGCCCGGUCGCUAAACCACCGGCCACGACCACAACAACGACGACGACGACGCCCACCACCAAACGGCCGCUGGUACCGGUGUACACCGUCUCUCCCGGCGAGGAGGGCAGCGCGUUAUUGUCCGCCACGCUGAAACCGAUCGACAACAUCGUCGAUCCGGACGACUGCGGUCAGCAGGAGUACUCGUCCGGCCGGAUCGUCGGUGGCAUCGAGGCUCCGACCGGCCAGUGGCCCUGGAUGGCGGCCAUCUUCCUGCACGGCACGAAGCGGACCGAGUUCUGGUGCGGUGGAUCGCUGAUCGGCACGAAGUACAUCCUUACUGCGGCCCAUUGUACGCGCGAUUCGCGCCAGCGACCGUUUGCCGCCCGCCAGUUCACCGUCCGGCUGGGCGAUAUCGACCUGUCCACGGACGGGGAGCCGUCGGCACCGGUGACGUACAAGGUGACGGAGGUGCGGGCCCAUCCGCGGUUUUCGCGCGUCGGUUUCUACAACGACAUUGCGCUGCUCGUGCUGGACAAACCGGUUCGUAAGUCAAAGUACGUCAUACCGGUGUGUCUACCGGGGCCGAAUCUACCGUCCAAGGAGCGGCUAGCAGGACGUCGAGCAACGGUAGUCGGCUGGGGUACGACUUAUUACGGCGGCAAGGAGUCGACGAAGCAGCAGCAAGCGACCCUGCCCGUCUGGCGCAACGAGGACUGCAACCGGGCGUACUUCCAGCCCAUCACGGACAACUUCGUGUGCGCCGGCUUCUCGGAGGGCGGCGUGGACGCGUGCCAGGGCGAUUCGGGCGGUCCGCUGAUGAUGCUGGUCGAGGCGCGCUGGACGCAGGUCGGUGUCGUCUCGUUCGGCAACAAGUGCGGCGAACCGGGCUACCCGGGCGUGUACACGCGCAUCAGCGAGUACAUGGAGUGGAUAAGGGAGAACACGAAAAAGUAAAGGCCAUAGUGUGUGCACAGGAGAGUGCGGGGUGGGGGAUGAUAGGUCCCUUUCGGAUGAUGGUGUCCGGAGCACCAGAACAGUCCAGUAAGCGUAGAGUUUGGCAGUUGUUGGUUGUUUUCGGUUUUUUGUAUAUAAUUUAUUUCUGUGUAAUCCAUCCCUUCUUUCCCCAACUUCCUCGCAAAGUUCUUACGUUUCGGCUAGCCUCUUCCCUCCCCCUCCCCCUCCCCCCAUUCUCCAGGUUUUCUUUUGCGUUUUGCGCUCCGCUCGGUAAUCAAUUAGUUGUUAGCCCAGCUUUAUUCUUUUAUGUUUGUUUAUCCUAAUUUAUAAACUAACUUAUACGAGACCUACGCAUCGCUUAGUAAGUUGAGAGACAGACAGAGCGAGAGAGCGAGAGAGUGUGAGAGAGUGGUGUGUUUCUGAGCAUUCCUGUUUUCUGAGCCUUCCUGCGUCUAAUUGAUAACGGCGAGAAGGAUAGGGCAACGGAGGGCAGUAAUAGCAGUAGUGAGCGUGAACGAGGCGGAAAGUUCAGCUUCAUAAUCAAUUACAUAAGGUAGAAUAAGUAUAACAAACGGCAAACGGCUCUUUAGCGUCGAGCAACGGUGCGACGAGCUGGGCUGGAAAGGUGGAACAACUGGUGGGAGCGAAGAGCGCUUCAACCCUUUUCAAUAUGCAUUAAUGGAAACAACAAGAGCUCGCGCAACACAGGCGAGGCGAGACACGCACGUCACGGACGAAAUUGACGAAAAUGUGGAAAAACAACACAUAGCUUUCCCAGCCCAAAACGGUGAAAUAUUUCAGUGAAAUUAAAUGAGAAAACACGCGCGCAUUUUGCAACAUAUACUCAACGGUUGUUUCAUUUUGUAUGUUUUUUUACAUGCUAUUUCUUAAAGUGAAAUGCACUUUUGUUUACAUUCCAUCUCACACCCUCUCCCUCUCUCCCCCCCCCCCCCUCCUCACCCGCUGUACAACAACGUACCCUUUUUAACCCCCUUCCAUUCCGAAUUGUCCACCCAUUUCUGAUGCAGGUUUUUGUACCGCCACCCAUCUACUACCGAGCGCUGGGAUCUACAAAGAAUACCCUUCCCUUCCCUUCGUCUCAUGGCACGUUGUCAUAGUAACCACCGAAACACACUGCUCUACUGAUCAAUAUAGACAUUCGACGAUCUUUCCCCCCCUAGUAGCCACGAGGGUGGUAGUAGGGGGUGCAUUGGGGCGGGGCGGGAAAUUGUUUGAGUUGGGGCUUUCUUCCUUUUUGUUUUGUAACAUGAAACGUUUAAAGAUUCGACACUAGUAUUUUACACAAGUACAUCAUUACGGUAGCUACAGUACGGAUACGACGUCCCUUCCGACAUUUCCCUUUCCCUGGUGCUGAUAUAUGUAUCAUCUCCCCCCCCCCCCCUCCCUCCCC